GUAGAUUUCAGAGCGAGAGUACGGUUCGCCCGGGACAAAUCCCUUCAUAGCCCCGCGUAAUCCGUCGAAAUCGCGUCUCGCGUCGAUUCCUUGCUCUCGACACGGGAAUCGUCUCGUUCAGUCGACACACGAUUGCAGGUACCAUGGCGAGACGCGCCUUGCUGCUAGUGUUACUCCUCUGCGCAAAUGCUCCCGGCCUAAACGCGAGGAAGGAUGAGGUCUGUUUCGGGGAGUUGCGCUGUAUCCCUUUGAGGGACUGUCCCAAGAGACCGCUGAAUCCAGAACCAGAUCCACGAGAAACGAUAAAUACUCAGUUUCUGUUCUUCUCUCGGGAAUCUUUCGGUGAAGAGCAGAAGAUUCCCGGCUACAAGAUCAAACGCGAUGUCCUGCUUAACACGAAGUUUGAUCCUGCGAGACGCACCAUGAUAAUCGUGCACGGCUGGAUUGACAAUGUUUUCCUGGGGAAGUGGAUGACGAUCAUGAAAGACGCUCUCCUUCGAAACGGAGAUUUCAACGUCAUCCUUGUGGACUGGACUGGAGGGAACGGUUUACCGUACACUCAAGCUUCGGUGAACACACGGCUUGUCGGUGCUGAGAUCGGGCUCCUUGUCACCAAACUAAUGGAAACUUUCGGUAUAUCCCCAUCGACCGUGCACGCCUACGGACACAGUCUCGGUGCGCAUGUCGUCGGCUUUGCCGGUAAAUGGCUGAAUGGAACCCUGGGGAGGAUAACCUCUCUCGAUCCCGCUGAGCCGCUGUUCGAAUUCUGCCCUCCGCAAGCGCGUCUUUCGAACACCGACGCUGAAUUCGUCGAAGUCGUCCACACGGACUCGUCUUCAUUCGUGCCUCAUUUGGGCCUUGGAAUGGAUCUCGCCGUCGGCGACGUAGAUUUUUAUCCCAAUGGCGGCCAACACAUGCCGGGAUGCAACCUAAACGAUCGUUUUGUCCGGAUCCAAGACAAAAACAUUCUCGAAGGCAUACGAACCGUCGCGGCCUGUAACCACAUGCGCGCAAUCGACUAUGUGAUUCAAUUCCUCGAAAACUCGGUCGUGAAUUCGACGUGUACGCCGAUUGCUUUCGCUUGUCAGAACUACGAGAUUUUCGAAAGAGGCUACUGUUCUGACUGUGGAAGCGAUGGCUCACGCUGCGCCGUCAUGAGCUUGGACGAUGCGAAUCAUAAUGGCGGGCUCCGGAAGAAGUCGAACGACCCUGUUCGAAUGUAUUUCAAAACGGGACCCAAGAGCCCUUUCUGUCUUCAUCACUACAAUAUCGAAAUGAAAAUGCUCAGGGAUCCCAAGAAAAGACUCCAAGAAGUCUCGGGUGACGUGACGAUAGAGAUCGCUAUGGCGAGAGGGAUAUCACGGAAAUUCGAACUCAAGCAGGAAAACGGUGAUGACUUCACGCCAGGAGCGGCGUACCGAUACCUUAUCACCUCCGAGAUACCCCUCGAGGACGUUAGUCACAUAACCCUCACUUAUCGGAGCAAGAAACUGCUCUUCGCACCGAAGCUCUCCGUGAAAUACCUGAAAUUCACUCCGAUGACGGCGACAAAAUCGAGGAUGGAUCUCAAGAAACUCAGCAAGUUCUUCUGCCCGAAAAUCAGCGCGGUGGAGAGCCGCUACCCUAGUAAAUUGAGAGAGGAAUUCUGCUAGCCGAAUACACACAUCGAUAUCAUCUGGAAACAGAAUAUCGGCCGGCUAGUGAAACAGCCACGUAAAGAUAACAGUUCACCCUUUAUUCCUCGAAAUCCAGAGUAGUUGAGAAUAAAUCGUUCGCAGAAAGUGUCGAAGAUACAUCGGCAUGGA